UGUGCAAUUUAUUAGAGACUAACUAUGAACUACAAAGUGGGAAAAAAGUUGGGGUUCAACAACAAGUUGCUAUUUUUGUAUUUAUUGUUGGUCAACAUGCAAACAAUAGAAAUGCUCAAGAAAGAUUUCAAUUAUCGGGUGAAACUAUUUCAAAAUACUUCCACUCUGUUUUAAAAGCGUGUGUGAAAAUGUCCGUGGAUUGGGUGAAGCCUUGGCAGAGAAAUGGGGUUCAUCCGUGCAUAAAGAAUAGCCGAAAAUAUUACCCUCAUUUUAAGGUAACUACAAAUACUCUCUCUUUGUCUCUCUCUCUCUCUCUCUCUCUUAAAAAAAAUAUUUUCUGAUAUUUUUUGUAUGUAGAAUUGCAUUGGGGCAAUUGAUGGAACACAUAUCAAAGCUCAUGUGGAAGCAGAAUACUUACCCCGUUUCAUAGGUAGGAAGGGAUAUGCUAUACAAAACAUAUUGACAGUGUGUGACUUUGAUAUGUGUUUCACAUUUUGCUUGCCUGGUUGGGAGGGAAGUGCACAUGACACGCGAAUUUUUUGGGAUACAAUUAGGAAUCCAAACAAUAAUUUUCCAUAUCCAGAAGGAGAUGAGUAUUAUUUGGUUGAUUCUGGCUAUCCAAACACAAAGGGUUAUCUUGCGCCGUACAAAGGGGAGAGAUAUCAUUUAGCUCAAUUUGACCAUCGGCCUCCUCAAACUGCACAUGAAAAAUUCAACAAAACACAUUCAUCACUCAGGAGCGUAAUAGAAAGAUCAUUUGGUGUUUGGAAAGCAAGAUGGCCUUUUAUGAAAGAUAUUCCGUGCAAUUAUAAUUUUGUUUGUCAACGACAACUUGUUUGUGCUACUAUGGCGAUCCACAACUUCAUUAGACGAACUAAGUUAAGGGAUAUUCCAUUUGACUCUUAUGAUAAACAUAUUGAGUAUGUCCCUGUUGACGAGGAAGUAGUGGUAGGGGAAGACCGACAUGGGCAUCCGGUUCGUAAUGAUGAUUAUGAGAUGGAUUCAAGAAGAUAUGAGAUUUUAAUGUCAAUUUCUCAAGGAAAUAAUUAUUAAAAUAUAAUAAAUUUA